AUGAGCUCCAGCUCUACAACCGACUUAACAGCCACCUGCUCUCUUUCUCAUCUCCUCGUUCUAUCAGAAGGGAUCUUCAAAAUCAGCACCCGUCAACGCAACACCUCCGUUGGAUGCCAAUUGCGGAAGAGCCUCUCCGGUCCCUUCUUCCACCUCCCCUUCUUGCAGGAGUGGAAUAUAGUAGCGAAGCCCCACGAGAGGCUUGAGCCCACCCACAACUCCUCUUAUUCCGAUCUGUGGCCCCUUCCCUAGGCGGCCCAAGGUCCGUCAUUGACAAGACAUAAAGGCCCAUCCUGCCACGUGUCUGGGUGGCGAGAGUAUGCGAAUGAACUUUCUUCCAUGCCGCUCUUCCUCGCUUGGUCUUACGACGACUAGAAGUCUCAGGGUUGGGGCUCGCUGCUAUACACUCCCAGACGGCCGUUUGUUGAUGUCUGUGGGGAAGCAAGUCUACGGCUCGCC